UCAGUCUCUCCUUUUGUUUCACUACUUGAGAAAAUUAUGGCUUUACUUACAAGGACAUUGAUGUGCUUUGUUAUCAUGACCGUGCUCAUCGAACUGGCCGCGGCAGCGACUUACAUAGUUGGUGGUACAAAUGGCGGAUGGGAUGCAUCUACCAACCUGCAAACAUGGGCGUCAUCUCAGAAAUUCUUAGUCGGAGAUACUUUAAAUUUUCAGUACUCGCCCAGCCACAAUGUGCUUGAGGUUUCAAAGGCAGACUAUGAUUCUUGCCAAGCAAGCAACUCAAUCCAGGCUUACAGUGGUGGCAGCACUAUGAUCCCUCUCUCUUCUGCAGGAAAGAGAUACUUCAUUUGUGGAACUAUGGGGCAUUGUAGCCAGGGAAUGAAGCUUGAAGUUGACACAAGUCUUGCAACUACUUCUACCCCUCCACCAACAGCUUCUCCAGCUGUGAACCUUGCUCCGCAAGAAUCUCCUUCGUCUACUCUACCUCCUUCCUCGGACACUCCUCUGGCUUCCUCGCUUGCUCCAGACACUUCUGCUGCCUCACCCUCACCAGUUAAAGCACCAGAACUUGCCUUCAGUCCUACACCAGCCACCAUUGAUGCCAUGUCUUCAACUGAAUCUCCCACUUCCAUCUCUCGAACCGGGUCUUCCUCAGAACCAUCAGCUGCCGCAUUGCUUAACAACAAAGACAGUCUCACUCUUGGAUUUGGUGUCAUGAUGAUGUUGAUUCUCGCGUUUUAAGCUUUUAAGCAUGGAAGAUCUUCAAGAUGUUGUGUUUCUGAUACAAAAUUUUAUCUGCAUUUUAUUUCUAAAGUUCGUGUGCACA